CCGCACUGCAGCCGCCAGCCUGAGCCAUGGGCCGCCGAGCCCUCCUGCUCCUGCUUCUGUCUUUUCUGGCGCCCUGGGCCACCAAGGCCCUCCGGCCGGCCUUAAGGGCCCUCGGCAGCCUACACUUGCCAACAAACCCCACAUCCCUCCCGGCUGUAGCCAAGAACUAUUCGGUUCUCUACUUCCAACAGAAGGUUGAUCAUUUUGGAUUUAAUACUGUGAAAACUUUUAAUCAGCGGUACCUAGUAGCUGAUAAAUACUGGAAGAAAAAUGGUGGAUCGAUACUUUUCUACACUGGUAAUGAAGGGGACAUCAUCUGGUUUUGUAAUAACACGGGGUUCAUGUGGGAUGUGGCUGAGGAACUGAAAGCUAUGUUGGUGUUUGCUGAACAUCGAUACUAUGGAGAGUCUCUCCCCUUUGGUGACAACUCAUUCAAGGAUUCCAGACACUUGAAUUUUCUGACAUCAGAACAAGCUCUGGCUGAUUUUGCAGAGUUAAUCAAACACUUGAAAAGAACAAUCCCAGGAGCUGAAAAUCAACCUGUCAUUGCCAUAGGAGGCUCCUAUGGUGGCAUGCUUGCAGCCUGGUUUAGGAUGAAAUAUCCUCAUAUGGCAGUUGGAGCUCUUGCAGCUUCUGCCCCUAUCUGGCAGUUUGAGGAUUUAGUACCUUGUGGUGUAUUUAUGAAGAUUGUAACUACAGAUUUUAGGAAAAGUGGUCCACAUUGUUCAGAGAGCAUCCGCAGGUCCUGGGAUGCCAUUAAUCGACUCUCAAGUACUGGCAGUGGUUUGCAGUGGCUUACUGGAGCCCUUCACUUAUGCAGCCCAUUAACUUCUCAGGACAUCCAACAUUUGAAAGACUGGAUCUCUGAAACCUGGGUGAAUCUGGCAAUGGUGGACUAUCCUUAUGCAUCUAACUUUUUACAGCCUUUGCCUGCUUGGCCUAUUAAGGUAGUGUGCCAGUAUUUGAAAAAUCCCAAUGUAUCUGAUUCACUACUGCUGCAGAAUAUUUUCCAAGCUCUGAAUGUAUAUUACAAUUAUUCGGGCCAGGUGAAAUGCCUGAAUAUUUCAGAGACAGCAACUAGCAGUCUGGGAACACUGGGUUGGAGCUAUCAGGCCUGCACAGAAGUAGUCAUGCCGUUUUGUACUAAUGGUGUCGAUGACAUGUUUGAACCUCACUCAUGGAACUUAAAGGAACUUUCUGAUGAGUGUUUUGAACAGUGGGGUGUGAGACCAAGGCCCUCCUGGAUCACUACUAUGUAUGGAGGCAAAAACAUCAGUUCACACUCAAACAUUGUUUUCAGCAAUGGUGAACUAGACCCCUGGUCAGGAGGUGGAGUAACUAAGGAUAUCACAGACACUCUGGUUGCAGUCACCAUCUCAGAGGGGGCCCACCACUUAGAUCUGCGCGCCAAGAAUGCCUUAGAUCCCACGUCUGUGCUGUUAGCCCGUGCCUUGGAAGUCAGACAUAUGAAGAAUUGGAUCAGAGAUUUCUAUGACCGUGCAGGAAAGCAGCACUGAGAAACUUUUGAUUGUUUUCAGUUUCUUCUUUUAUGUUCUCACCACCACAUUCCCAUUCACUUUGGUUUUCUACGUGUAAUUACCUUCUCUUGUGUAUCAUUAGAUUUGAUGGGCCAAGGUUGAGAUAGAAUAGAGGGUGAUGACGGUAAGAGCAACUGUCCCAUGAAUGUGAUUUCCUGGGUUCUCACUGUCUUUGCACCAUGUCUAGGAAGAAUCUUCUUGAUAACUCUCCCACACCAUCAGUGGCCUUCAUAACUGGAGCAGAGCUCCUGAUUGCUUUUCAUAAGAGGGAGAGUUACUUUCUUUGUAUCUCUGCAAGCAGAGAUUUCUUUUGGGCUUUGAGGUUGAAGUCUCUUUAGCCCAUUUGUAAGUCCCCAUCCCUACCCUACACAAAGUAAAAGCAGAAGAUAGAUUAAAAAAUGAUGUAAUUGCAGCUGGUAGGAUGUCUGGUGCCAAUCCAGGAAGUGAGAGCCAUUUCUUUUGUACUGGAUUUAAUGACUUUGAACUGUGCUGUAAAUAAAGAAUACAGCUGGA